AUGGAGCGCUUUGUCCGUGUCCCCUGCGGCUUGUACCAGGGCUAUGGGAACGCGCUGCCUUUAGGCCAGCCCGGCCUCUCGGGGCACAAACAGCCCGACUGGAGGCAAAACAUGGGCGCCCCCGCUUUCCUGGCCAGGCCGGGGCUGCUGGUGCCCACCAACGCUUCGGACUACUGCGCGGACCCGUACAAGAGGGCGCAGCUCAAGGCCAUCCUGUCCCAGAUGAACCCCAGCCUGGGCCCGCGGCCGAGCAAGGCCAGCACCAAGGACGUGGGCGUGCAGGUCAGCCCGCGGCUGGACAAGUCCGUGCAGUGCUCGCUGGGCCCCCGCACCCUGCGCAGCCGCUCCCCCUGGGACGGCGCGGGCCCCCGGGAGCCCAUGGGCCGCCGGGGCUCGGCCCGGCCGCGAAAGGGCGGGGAGGAUGCGGCGGGCGAGGCGCCUCCGGGCCCGGCGGAGGCCAGCCUGCUGCGGCCGCCCACGCCCGGGGCCGAAGAGGACAGGCGGGAGGAGGACGGACCCCCGGAGGAGCCGGCAGACGGAGACGCCCCGCCCCCGGAAGGGAAGAGCCCGCAGGCGCGUGGAGACGCAGCCGCCGAUCUGCCCCGGAGGCCCAACUUCCAGUUUUUGGAGCCAAAAUACGGCUAUUUUCACUGUAAAGACUGUAAGACCAGGUGGGAGAGUGCUUACGUGUGGUGCAUUUCUGGAACGAACAAGGUUUAUUUCAAACAACUCUGUUGCAAGUGCCAAAAGAGUUUUAACCCUUACCGUGUAGAAGCAAUCCGAUGUCAGACCUGUUCAAAGUCUCGUUGUUCCUGCUCUCAAAAGAAAAGACAUAUUGACCUAAGGAGGCCUCAUCGACAGGAACUGUGCGGUCGCUGCAAAGACAAGAGAUUCUCCUGUGGCAGCAUCUACAGCUUUAAGUGUGUCAUGAGACAGGCAGUGUGACUUGUAGAGGAUAUCUCAGCUCUUCUUCUAACUUACUGUGCGGUCUUCCUUUUUCGCAACUUGGAUCUGAUCUGGCAUUGGAAAAUGAACUAGGCUUUUGUACUUUUUGUAGGUUGUAUAACACUUUUUCAAUGUGAGUAUGAGUAAAUAAAUGCAUAUGAACUA